UUCCCUUUAAGCUUUUUACAUGAAUUAGUUUUCUUUUUUCGUUGAAAUUAAUGACUAAUGAUGUGUUGGAACUGGUGCCAUAUUGGCAUAAGUUGUUAACUAUUGUAAUGAAUGCUUUGUUCGUCCUGUUUCUCUACGUGUGUUCUUCUUUGAUUCAACCAAAGUAUGUUUAAUUAAAGCCCAUGUACUAAUUGUUUCAGUUAUAUGGCUUAUCAACAGACAUGAUUGCAUAAAAAUAACAUGAUUGAGAGCUUCAAAUUCAGAAGCUAUGAAUUAGCUGAGAUGCUCUUUAGGUUAUAGAAGUCAUCAGUCAUUAUACAUGAAAAGAAGGGAUCUUUUAGUCAAGCUAUUGGGGACUUGCUGCAGUAAGACAUCAGUUACACAGUUGCACUCGCAGUGUUUGAAACUGGGCCUCGCCCAUGAUAGUUUCGUUGUUACAAAGCUUAAUGUUCUUUAUGCUAGAUAUGCAUCCCUUUUUCAUGCACAUAGGCUGUUUGAAGAAACGACUUGUAGAACUGCCUAUUUAUGGAAUGCUUUGCUUAGGACCUACUUUAUGGAGGGAAGAUGGGUGGAGACAUUAUCUCUAUUCUAUCAAAUGAGUGCCAAUGCAGUGUCAAUUGAGGAAAGACCUGACAAUUACACACUGUCUAUUGCUCUUAAAUCGUGUGCAGGUUUGCGGAAGCUUGAGCAGGGGAAAAUGAUUCAUGGAUUUCUCAAGAAGGGGAAGAUAGAUAAUGACAUGUAUGUAGGGUCUGCACUGAUUGAGCUGUACUCAAAAUGUGGACAAAUGAAUGAUGCUUUGAAAGUGUUUACUGAGUAUUCAAAACCAGAUGUGGUUUUAUGGACUUCAAUAGUUACUGGGUAUGAGCAGAAUGGCUGUCCUGAACUUGCACUUGCAUUUUUCUCCCGAAUGGUUGUGUUGGAGCAAGUAAGUCCCGAUCCAGUAACACUUGUUAGCGCUGCUUCUGCUUGUGCCCAGUUAUCUGAUUUUAACACAGGAAGAAGUGUACAUGGAUUUGUGAAACGAAUGGGUUUUGACACCAAGUUAUGUUUGGCCAAUUCUAUGCUAAAUAUGUAUGGAAAACUUGGUUCUAUUAAGAGUGCAGCUAAUUUGUUCAGGGAAAUGCCAAAUAAGGAUAUUGUAUCUUGGAGCUCAAUGAUUGCGUGUUAUGCUGAUAAUGGAUCUGAAACCAGCGCAUUAGAUCUUUUCAAUGAAAUGAUAGAUAAAAGAAUUGAACCCAAUAGGGUUACAGUAAUUAGUGCAUUGAGGGCUUGUGCUUCCAGUUCAAAUUUGGAAGAAGGUACACAUAUCCAUAAAUUGGCAAUCAACUAUGGAUUCGAGUUGGAUAUCAUUGUCUCUACAGCUCUUAUUGAUAUGUACAUGAAGUGUCUUUCGCCCGCAAAAGCAAUUGACCUUUUCAACAGAAUGCCCAAUAAAGAUGUAGUUUCUUGGGCUGUUUUGUUUAGUGGGUAUGCUGAAGUUGGAAUGGCACACAUGUCCUUGACGUUUUUUUGCAGCAUGUUAUCAAGUGGAACACGACCUGAUGCUAUUGCUCUGGUGAAGAUUCUUACUGCAAGUUCAGAAUUAGGGAUUCUUCAACAAGCUGUGUGCCUUCAUGCUUUUAUAACUAAAAGUGGAUUUGAAAAUAAUGAAUUUAUUGGAGCAUCACUCAUAGAGUUGUAUACAAAAUGCAGUAGCAUAGAUAAUGCUAACAAGUUUUUUAUAGGAUUGGCUCAUAAAGAUGUUGUUACCUGGAGCUCAAUGAUUUCAGCAUAUGGAUUCCAUGGGCAAGGAGAAGAGGCUUUGAAAUUAUUUUAUGAGAUGACUAAUCUUUCAGAUGUUCAGCCUAACGAGGUAACCUUUGUCUCAAUUCUAUCUGCCUGUAGUCAUGCAGGUUUGAUUGAAGAUGGGAUAAAGAUGUUUCACGUCAUGGUGAAUGAGUAUCAAUUGAUGCCCAAUUCAGAGCAUUACGGGAUUAUGGUUGAUCUUCUUGGUCGAAUGGGAGAGUUGGAUAGGGCCUUGGACUUGAUUAAUGGCAUGCCCAUGCAAGCUGGCCCUCAUGUAUGGGGAGCCUUACUUGGUGCAUGUCGUAUACAUGAAAAUAUAAAGAUGGGGGAGUUUGCAGCUCAGAAUCUUUUCGUGUUAGAUCCUAAUCAUGCAGGGUAUUAUAUACUGUUAUCAAAUAUAUAUUGUGUGGACAAUAAUUGGCUUGAUGCUGCAAAAGUCAGGACAUUGAUAAAGGAGAAUAGGUUGAAGAAGACUGUUGGUCAAAGCAUGGUUGAGAUAAAGAAUAAAGUUUACAGUUUCAUUGCUGGUGACAGAUUGCAUGGUGAAUCUGAUCAGAUUUAUGAAAUGCUAAGAAAAUUAGAUGCAAAAAUGAGGGAAGAAGGUUAUGAUCCUCCAAUAUUGUCACAGGAAAUACAGUUCUAGUAUCGGCUAUGUGGAACAUUAAAUCUGAUGGGAAGUUAUCCGAUGGCAGAACUAAAAAGCAUACAUAUCCCUUCUAAACAAAAUGUUGCCACCAUAAAAAUACCUUGAAACCUAAAUGGUUAAAGGAUUUUAUGGAUGGCUUCAAGAUAUUAGAAUAUUAUUUUAAUUCCUGGAAGCUAAAUGAUGACACUUACUAGGCCAUUAUUGCUGACAUCUUUUAGAUUAUAUAGUGUACUCCACCUUACUUAUUAUAAUUAGUUAGUGAAUUUAUUUUCUACUUUUCAAUAGCUCUUGAUGGUAGAUAGCUUAAGUUUACAGCACUGUAGUUGAUACCCUUUUAGUUAAACCGCUGUACUUAGAUUGUAAAAGUUGUGUUUAGAAAAUACUUUUGCAGGCACUUUUCUGCAGUUUGAUUUCUUCACAAUGAACAAUUUGAGAAUUAAGUACAUUAGUUGA